GCAGCACAGCCUGCAUCCCUGGCACUUCCAGCGUCUCCCAGAGCGCUUCCCAAGCGAUGAUCUGAUGUUAUUUCAUGUACCAUUUCAGCUUGAGGGGGGUUUGCAGGGGCUGCAGCCUGCAGGCAGCUCCAUCAUGCUCUCCCCCUGCAGCAUCACUCGCUUGCCUGUGGCUCUCAGGAGGGGCAGAAAUCCUCAUGGCAGCGGCUGUCACCUGCAAAGGCGGGUGUUAAUGCAGGUGACAAAGGACCUGGGAUUUCGGAGGCAAAGGAUGGUGACAGCAAAGCCACAAAAGGCUGGAAGGAGGGGGAUGAAAUCCCAGCAGAAGCAGCAGCCCUGAAUUUGGGCAAAUAGUUGUUAUUUUUUUUAACUAUUUCUUUGUUUCCAUAGCGCUCCUCUGCAGUUUGGGGACCCAUCCUUGGCUGGUACCAUGCGGGGUGUGCUGUGUUACAGCCUGCCUGUGGUGCUGGGGCUGCUGCUGUGCCACCCCACCAUUGCCAGCGGCCCAUGCUGGGAGAACAGCAAGUGCCAGGACCUGGCCACUGAGGCUGGAGUUUUGGCGUGUGCCAAGGCGUGCCGAGCUGAGCUGUCGGCCGAGGCACCCGUGUACCCAGGCAAUGGACACCUGCAGCCCCUCUCUGAGAGCAUCCGUAAGUACGUGAUGAGCCAUUUCCGCUGGAAUAAGUUUGGCCGUCGCAACAGCAGCAGCGGAGGGCACAAAAGGGAGGAGGUGGCCGGCCUUGCCCUGCCCGUCACAUCACCCCACCACCCCGCUGGGGAGGAGGAAGAUGGAGAAGGGUUGGAGCGAGAGGAAGGGAAGCGCUCCUACUCCAUGGAGCAUUUCCGCUGGGGUAAGCCGGUGGGACGGAAGAGGAGACCCAUCAAGGUGUAUCCCAAUGGUGUGGAUGAGGAGUCAGCUGAGAGCUACCCCAUGGAGUUCCGGAGGGAGAUGGCGGCCGACGGGGACCCCCUCGGCCUCUCAGAGGAGGAAGAAGAAGAGGAGGAGGAGGGUGAGGAGGAAAAGAAGGAUGGUGGCUCGUACCGUAUGCGGCACUUCCGCUGGCAUGCGCCGCUGAAGGACAAGCGCUACGGCGGCUUCAUGACCUUAGAGCACAGCCAGACCCCGCUGAUGACUCUGUUCAAAAACGCCAUCAUCAAAAGCGCCUACAAGAAGGGUCAGUGAGGGGAGCCCAGCCCACGCGGCCCCACGCAGCUUUAGUGUCCUGCCGCCAUGUGUGUCACUUAGAUCCACAGAUCGCUCGUUAUGUUGUUAAUUACUACUCCAAAACCCUCCUGCCCCCGACACCAAAUGGCAACAGGUUGGGGCUGAACGUACCAAUGUGAGCAGUGCUCACGCUGGGUCAUUUUCCUAUUUUCACCAAGCUGUACAAUACUGUAAAUGAUGGAUUAAAAGAAUUCUAAAAGA